AAUUCAUUUUCAAUAGUAUGGGAAAUUGUGGAUGUCUAAAGCGAAAUGAUAAAGAAUUUGAUGAUUUUGAUGAUAAGCCAAUUAAAUAAGCACCACCGGCAGUCUAAGAGAAUACCGAAUAAUAGAAAACCACAAUAUAAUUGAGUUCGCACUCUGUCCCUCAAAGGCAAAAGAUCAAGGAAACCGUGAAUCUAAGAAAGUCUCAUACUAUUGAAGGCGAAAAAAAACUUAAUGAUUACACAUUAAAAUAGGUUUUAGGUUAAGGUACAUUUGGAAAGGUUAGGCUUGCGGAAAAAAAUUUAUAAAAUUAUGCUAUAAAAAUACUAAAUAAAAGCAGACUCAAAAAGUAACGAGAGUAUUACACGGAUUUAAAUGGAGGUUAUAUAUUUGAUUAUCAUGGUAGUUGUUAAGAUUAAGAAUGCAUUUUAAAAUGUGGCUAAGGAAAUUGCUAUUAUGAAGAAGUUACGUCAUCCUAAUAUUAUUCGUCUUUAUGAAAUUAUUGAUUCUCCUAAUUCAAAUAAAAUGUAUAUGGGUAUUCACUGCUUUAAUUAUCAAAGUAAUGGAGUAUGCACAAAAUGGGUAAUUGAUUGAAUGGAAUGAAGAUUUAGGAUAAUUUAUUUUAACACAUUAAGAUUUUAAACUAACAGAAGAAAAAUUGAGAAUAAUUUGUAGAGACAUUAUAAAGGGUUUAUACCAAAGUAAAAUACUUUAAUAUCAAUAUAGUGCAUGAAUUAGGAAUAGUGCAUAGAGAUCUAAAACCUUAAAACAUUUUAUUUGAUCAAAAGUUUAGAGCCAAAAUCUGUGACUUUGGAGUAUCUCAAAUUAUUAAUGGAGACACUGAGUAUUUUGGUACCAAUGGCACCUAUUUAUUUAUGGCUCCUGAGUGUUUUUAAAAUGGAUUAUUUGAUAGAAAGGCUGCUGAUAUUUGGGCAUUAGGAAUUUCAAUAUAUUCAUUUGCUUUUUUGACAGUACCCUUUCUUGCAGUUGAAAUUCAAGACAUUAUGGAUUUAAUAGAAUAAAAUGAGUAAACAAUUGUUAUAUUAAUAGAAUUCAAUAUCCAAAUUGUAGAAAUGAAUUUAAGACUUUUCUGUAGAAAUGUCUAAAUAAAGAUCCAUCUCGUAGAGCUACAAUCAAAGAAUUAGCAAGGGAUCCAUGGUUAAAUGAAGGCCAACAGAUUCGCUUGCAAGAUGAGAUCGACCAAAAGCUUAUGAUGAUAGAAGUAGAUGAGACAGAAAUCUAAGAGGCAUAUUCAUUAGCUACAUUUAUUUUAAUAAAGAAUUGGGUUGCUAAAUUGAAGCAUUAGUGA